UCAUACGGCGAUAUCUUUCAGGACCGGCCGGUUUUCUGCUCAGCUCACAAGAAUUCUUCACAUGUGCAUCUGCACGGCAAGCACUGCACGUACCCGUCGUGCGUCCGAUGGGCAUCGUAUGCAGACGGCAAGGGAUCAGAGCCCACACGAUGUGCUCGACAUCGCUACUCACACCAAGUUGACGUUCGAAACCGAAAGUGCGCCUUUGGAAACUUCUCCUGCAGCAAGCAACCGUCCUACGGCUUGCCGAACGUGGGAACUGCCGUCCACUGUGCCCUACACCGACAGGUUUGA